CACCGUUCGGAAAACCUGCUAGUACAAAAUUCAUCAUGGUUUCCCCAUUGGACUUCCCCUCCCUAUUCUUGUGUUGGUUUUUUUAUACCUCAUGAUGCACCCAAGAUUCGUAAAGUAUUUCUAUCACUGUUUGGUUGGUGUUAUAUUCUUUCUCCCGAUUGAUGGUUUGUCGGAUCAAAAGGUCAGACAUGAUUAUCGGACAUUCUUCAAGGCCCUGGCCAGCAAACCUGGGCUCUAUGAUGAGAGUGAUAAAGUUGUUAUCCUGAAUAGCACUAAUUUUCACAACUAUGUCAUGAAUCAUCCGAAGAAAGCGUGGCUUGUGGAGUUCUAUGUGUCUUGGUGUGGACAGUGCCAACGAUACGCACUGCUUUGGAAGGAGUUCGCACUGAAUGUAUACAAUUGGCGAGACUACGUUCACGCCGCUGCGAUAGACUGCGACCCCGAUUCCAUCGACCCCAACAACAGGAAGCUGUGCCGAAGCUACGAGGUCAUCCAGUACCCGACCUUAAAGUACUUCCCUCCGAAAUCAUUGCCCGGGUCCCUGGGGGAUCCCGUUCUCAAGGGGCUCACCGUUGACGAGCUUCGCCAUUCCCUCAUCAAAGCCCUGAAGGGAUCAUCGAGUCCAUCGAAUAUGCCGGUUCUCGAAGCAACAGAGAACUUGACGAAGGCCAUCGAAACGCUGCCCCCGGAGGUCAACCACGUCGGGGUACUGUUCGACGGGGAGAACAAGAGGGAUUCGUUCAUUGGCGAGGAGCUUAUCUUAGACUUCCAUCGGCCAGAAUACAAGAUCAGAAUGUUCCACAUUGAAGGAAACAACAGCGAAUAUGUCGAAAUGUUUAAUGUUCAGGAGUUUCCCAGCUUGUACGUCCUCAAGCGGUCUGCCGGGGGUUUUGUCCGGCUGCCUGUCUCGAAUAUCACGCGAGGAGAUUUCUACAACGCGACGAAGCUCUAUCUCGAAGAACACGGGAUCCAUGUCCCGGAUCUACCGUAUUACGACGGGCCGAGGAAACCCUUCUUCGCCAACGCCACAGCCUUCACCGGGGACCUGGUUUACCAACUCGACAUCGAGCAGGGAUUCCGAGAGACGGUGCUCAACCACCUGAAAGCGCCCAAAGAGUUCCUUGGCGAGAAGCUCGACGCCCUGAAACGCUACGUCAGGGUCGUCGCCCGAUAUUUCCCGUUUCUUGACACCGGGAAAGAGGUUUUCCAGGGAGUGGCGGACGCGAUCUGGAACCACACAGGACCGAUGUCCGGCGAGGAGUACGAGAACUACCUGGCACCCUUCGAGUCCCGUCUCCCCGAGUUCUUCAUGAACCCGCCAUCCUACAUGAACUGCCGGAGCAGCGGGGCCAGCCCGCCAUGCUCCGUGUGGCUUCUCUUCCACACUCUCACCGUCCACAUGGAGUCGAACCACACGCGCCUCGACGACGACGACCCCCAGGACGUCCUCGCGAGCAUCGCCGGGUUCGUCGAGCACUUCUUCGCCUGCAACGAGUGCUCGCAGCACUUCACGCAGAUGGCGCAGAGCAUCCCCGGAGAGGUCGAUUCCUCCGACGCGAGUAUUCUGUGGUUGUGGCGCGGGCAUAACGAGGUGAACAGGAGGCUGGGAAACGAUGGGACUGGAGGUCGCAUGAAAAUUCAAUACCCGAGUUACGAUCAGUGCAGGUUAUGUCGAAUCGGGGAGGAAGGGGAGUUCGUCGAGGAGGAGGUCUUGAAGUUCCUGAAACAGCAGUACGGGACACUCAGCAAUCGCACCCUCGCCGAAGAAACCAUGUCAGAGAAGCUGAGUCUACCGAACGCAUGAUUCACCCCCAAGUUUCUAAUAAAUGAGUCAUUUUCAUUUACGGAAA